AUGAGCUCAGGACAAAUAACGCCGAAUGACUUUGAACUGGAUCAACUAAUAACCGAAGAGGGCAACUCCGAAGAACAUCCCACUAUGAAAGAGCUUAAUGCCUCCAUCACAAAUUCAGGGGAAAUGAAGAACAUUAUGUGGAAAGACCAAAAAGUAAAAGUAUAUGCUUUAAAUUAUAAGGAAGUUCCACUUGUAAAGUAUCAAAUUGUUGCUUGCAUGAUAAUGUUUUUGGUCUUUGGGUUUAAUGAUCAGGCAACAGGGUCGUUACUGCCGACAUUAACUGAGCAUUACAAGAUAUCCACUGUUAAAGUUUCAAAUAUUUUCUUAUUGCAAUUGUUUGGCUAUACUCUGGCGUCACUCUAUAAUGAAACUCUACAUCGAUAUAUUGGAAUGAGAGGUGGUAUGAUCACUGCUACAGCAUUAUGUCUAGUCUUUUUCGGCAUUUUAGCAAGUAAGCCUCGGAGCUUUUACGUUUAUAUGUUUUGUUGUCUACCUUUAGGUUUGGCUCUUGGAAUAGUAGACUCAAUCGCUAAUGUGUUCAUAGGAAACCUCGUCAUCCAUAAAAACGAAAUGAUGGGAAUUAUGCAUUCAGUUUAUGGGGCUGCUGCAAUGCUUACACCUCCAUUGGUAGCUCAUUUUGUUGAGUGGGGACAUUGGUCUCUAUUUUUUUUGCUCCCCGUAAUAACAUCAUUCGUGGGAAUGUGUUUUAUCAUACCUGCGUUUAGGUUUGAAACAGAGGCAAAAUAUGAUUAUGUUUGUGCCGUUGCCAAAGAAAAUGAACACAGCGAUACUCCAGAAGAUCCAGAUGAAACUAAAUUUCUCACUUUAAUAAAGAAUCCAAUUAUUUUAUUGAAUUCGAUAUUUCUAUUUAUUUAUUUGGGAGCUGAAAUUUCCACAGGUUCGUGGUUUUUCUCGUUUUUAUUGGCUACCAAAUCAACUGAUAAAGUUGCUAUGUCAUAUAUUGCAUCAGCUUACUGGAUUGGGUUUACUUUAGGUAGAUUAGUGUUAGGGUUUGCCACAGAUAGGUUUUUUUCAAAUCAGUACAAGGCUAGUCGAGGCUAUGGCUUUUUGACUUUAUUUUGGUAUACAAUAUUUGUCAUUGUAGGGGCUAUAAAUUAUAAUUCCAAACUGUAUUUUACGGGGUUAUUCUUGGUGGUUUUCUUUUGUGGCUUUUUUAUGGGACCAUUAUUCCCUAAUGCAAGUAUAGUUACCUUACAAAUAUUACCAGGAAAUCUACAUAUCCCAGGAAUAAGUCUUGCUGUCGCAAUAGGUGGUUGUGGUGGUGCUGCAUUACCCUAUAUGGUUGGGGUGAUUACACAUUUAAUUGGAAUUGAAUGGACACCAUUGCUAUGUUGGAUAAUGGUUGCUGCGCUUACCGUAGUAUGGGCGUCUUAUCCUCGCUAUAUUAAAGGGCAUGAUGAAUUUUUGUGA